GCUACCUGCCACCAAGUGUUUGCAGUGUGGUUAAGGUUAGGUUGAAAAUGAGAUUUUAAGAAGAGAAACUGUAGAAAUGGGCAUGGUUUAUGACUUUGUCGCUGUUUAAACCAGUGACGACCCCAAACCAUGCGGUGGCGCUGUCGCUCACCAAUAAUCAACAGACGAAUAAGAAAAACACGGAAGUUACCGCGAAAGCGCCAAAAAUCAAAAUACCUGACGUGAAGUAGUUAGCUACUUGUUCGCUCCGUCGUCAACAACACAACACAAUAUCAGUUUCCCCCUAGGAACCAUGACGGAGAACACUUUCCCAGUGUAUAAGGUGGACGCCAUUGUUACCUUUUUCCGCACGGAGGUCCUUACCGGGCAGGAGGCAAAACAUUUCACUAAGAACGACCUGGCCCCGAGCCCGAAGCCAGAUGCAGUACAGAGACUGUACAUGAGAAUACUGCAACUCCUGUACCGCUUCAAGCCUGAGUGUCAUUACAUGGUCCCAUUCUCUGAGAACAUCCAGCACCCUCAGCUCCAUGAGUGGCCCACUGCUGUCAUGAGUGUCUACCUGAGGAUGCGUCAGUUCCUGCGGAUGUGCUACGUGUAUGACUUCUCACUGAACGACCUGCUGGCUCCCAAGGUGAAGAGGACGGUGACCAUCCUGAGUGGCAUCAUGAACUACCUUCACUUCAGGAAGCAGAGGCUGGAUAUGACUAUGGGACACCAGGAGAGAUUUAGAGAAGACAUGGACAAGCUCCAGGCUUACUCACGAGGAACUAAAGAAGCUCAGAAGAAAAUGGACAAGCUGACUACCAUCCCCCCAGAGCAGCAGGCUGAAGCGAGGGAAUUGGACUCUGCUCUCUCUGACCUGCAGACCAACACCAUGCACCAAUACCAGGAAGUGAAUGCUAUCAAUGAGAAUAUUGCAGAGUGGAAAACUGAGAUGGCAGAGAAGUCCCAAAAAUUGACCCAGUUGAAGGUUGAUGUGGCCACUCUAAAGGAGAACAUUGGUAAGCUAAAGUCUCAGAUCGUUGAGUCUCCUGAAGAGAUGAAGAUUCAGAUGGAGAAGAUGAAGGAAAACGUGAAGAACAUCAAAUUGGCCAUCGAGACGGCAGACGAGCGUCUGGUUGGGCUGCAGAGUGAUGUCCAGGGUGUGACUCAAAGCGAGGCUGACAUUCAGCUGAUAUUUAAACUACUGCAGGACCUCCAGAGCUCCAUGAACAAGACCCAACAGCACCAGGAAGAGGCCCAGGCUCUGGUGUGUGUGUAUGAGGCACAGCAGAAGGAACUGAAGAACCAUGGUGUGGAGGAGGGCCAGCUGAAGAGAUCUUUAGGGAUGAAGAUGGACAAGGAGUCCAAACAACAGAUACGACGACAGAAGAAGAAGGAGAUUAAGGAUCAACACAUUGAGGAUGUACUGGGUCAGUGUGACCAUGUUCACCAGAAGAGGGAGCAGAUAGCCGACCAGAUCCAGGAGAGAGACAGAGAGACUCAACACCUCCGCAGUCAGAUGACCAACCUGAGGGACACCUGCAGCCAGGAGACUGAGAAAGCUCAGGACCUGUUUGAUCGUCUGCUGGCAGCUCUGGAUCAUUUCCAUAAACGCAUACAGAACCACGUCGUCGAGGGCAACGACGACAUCGUCAAGAUGACUGCUAACUUCUAACCCAGUGUUGUUGACUCCUCUCCAUCCCUGUCAUUAGUUCUGCUAACUUCUAACCCAGUGUUGUUGACUCCUCUCCAUCCCUGUCAUUAGUUCUGCUAACUUCUAACCCAGUGUUGUUGACUCCUCACCAUCCCUGUCAUUAGUUCUGCUAACUUCUAACCCAGUGUUGUUGACUCCUCUCCAUCCCUGUCAUUAGUUCUGCUAACUUCUAACCCAGUGUUGUUGACUCCUCACCAUCCCUGUCAUUAGUUCUGCUAACUUCUAACCCAGUGUUGUUGACUCCUCUCCAUCCCUGUCAUUAGUUCUGCUAACUUCUAACCCAGUGUUGUUGACUCCUCACCAUCCCUGUCAUUAGUUCUGCUAACUUCUAACCCAGUGUUGUUGACUCCUCACCAUCCCUGUCAUUAGUUCUGCUAACUUCUAACCCAGUGUUGUUGACUCCUCUCCAUCCCUGUCAUUAGUUCUGCUAACUUCUAACCCAGUGUUGUUGACUCCUCUCCAUCCCUGUCAUUAGUUCUGCUAACUUCUAACCCAGUGUUGUUGACUCCUCUCCAUCCCUGUCAUUAGUUCUGCUAACUUCUAACCCAGUGUUGUUGACUCCUCACCAUCCCUGUCAUUAGUUCUGCUAACUUCUAACCCAGUGUUGUUGACUCCUCUCCAUCCCUGUCAUUAGUUCUGCUAACUUCUAACCCAGUGUUGUUGACUCCUCUCCAUCCCUGUCAUUAGUUCUGCUAACUUCUAACCCAGUGUUGUUGACUCCUCUCCAUCCCUGUCAUUAGUUCUGCUAACUUCUAACCCAGUGUUGUUGACUCCUCUCCAUCCCUGUCAUUAGUUCUGCUAACUUCUAACCCAGUGUUGUUGACUCCUCUCCAUCCCUGUCAUUAGUUCUGCUAACUUCUAACCCAGUGUUGUUGACUCCUCUCCAUCCCUGUCAUUAGUUCUGCUAACUUCUAACCCAGUGUUGUUGACUCCUCUCCAUCCCUGUCAUUAGUUCUGCUAACUUCUAACCCAGUGUUGUUGACUCCUCUCAUCCCUGUCAUUAGUUCUGCUAACUUCUAACCCAGUGUUGUUGACUCCUCUCCAUCCCUGUCAUUAGUUCUGCUAACUUCUAACCCAGUGUUGUUGACUCCUCUCCAUCCCUGUCAUUAGUUCUGCUAACUUCUAACCCAGUGUUGUUGACUCCUCUCCAUCCCUGUCAUUAGUUCUGCUAACUUCUAACCCAGUGUUGUUGACUCCUCACCAUCCCUGUCAUUAGUUCUGCUAACUUCUAACCCAGUGUUGUUGACUCCUCUCCAUCCCUGUCAUUAGUUCUGCUAACUUCUAACCCAGUGUUGUUGACUCCUCUCCAUCCCUGUCAUUAGUUCUGCUAACUUCUAACCCAGUGUUGUUGACUCCUCUCCAUCCCUGUCAUUAGUUCUGCUAACUUCUAACCCAGUGUUGUUGACUCCUCUCCAUCCCUGUCAUUAGUUCUGCUAACUUCUAACCCAGUGUUGUUGACUCCUCUCCAUCCCUGUCAUUAGUUCUGCUAACUUCUAACCCAGUGUUGUUGACUCCUCUCCAUCCCUGUCAUUAGUUCUGCUAACUUCUAACCCAGUGUUGUUGACUCCUCUCCAUCCCUGUCAUUAGUUCUGCUAACUUCUAACCCAGUGUUGUUGACUCCUCUCCAUCCCUGUCAUUAGUUCUGCUAACUUCUAACCCAGUGUUGUUGACUCCUCUCCAUCCCUGUCAUUAGUUCUGCUAACUUCUAACCCAGUGUUGUUGACUCCUCUCCAUCCCUGUCAUUAGUUCUGCUAACUUCUAACCCAGUGUUGUUGACUCCUCUCCAUCCCUGUCAUUAGUUCUGCUAACUUCUAACCCAGUGUUGUUGACUCCUCUCCAUCCCUGUCAUUAGUUCUGCUAACUUCUAACCCAGUGUUGUUGACUCCUCUCCAUCCCUGUCAUUAGUUCUGCUAACUUCUAACCCAGUGUUGUUGACUCCUCUCCAUCCCUGUCAUUAGUUCUGCUAACUUCUAACCCAGUGUUGUUGACUCCUCUCCAUCCCUGUCAUUAGUUCUGCUAACUUCUAACCCAGUGUUGUUGACUCCUCUCCAUCCCUGUCAUUAGUUCUGCUAACUUCUAACCCAGUGUUGUUGACUCCUCUCCAUCCCUGUCAUUAGUUCUGCUAACUUCUAACCCAGUGUUGUUGACUCCUCUCCAUCCCUGUCAUUAGUUCUGCUAACUUCUAACCCAGUGUUGUUGACUCCUCUCCAUCCCUGUCAUUAGUUCUGCUAACUUCUAACCCAGUGUUGUUGACUCCUCUCCAUCCCUGUCAUUAGUUCUGCUAACUUCUAACCCAGUGUUGUUGACUCCUCUCCAUCCCUGUCAUUAGUUCUGCUAACUUCUAACCCAGUGUUGUUGACUCCUCUCCAUCCCUGUCAUUAGUUCUGCUAACUUCUAACCCAGUGUUGUUGACUCCUCUCCAUCCCUGUCAUUAGUUCUGCUAACUUCUAACCCAGUGUUGUUGACUCCUCUCCAUCCCUGUCAUUAGUUCUGCUAACUUCUAACCCAGUGUUGUUGACUCCUCUCCAUCCCUGUCAUUAGUUCUGCUAACUUCUAACCCAGUGUUGUUGACUCCUCUCCAUCCCUGUCAUUAGUUCUGCUAACUUCUAACCCAGUGUUGUUGACUCCUCUCCAUCCCUGUCAUUAGUUCUGCUAACUUCUAACCCAGUGUUGUUGACUCCUCUCCAUGUCCUAUUUUGAUAACAUGCAACUUUUAUUUGUGAAUAAAAAUCUCUCCUCACUC